AUGGCCCAUAUUCGCACGCAAAGAUUGCGUGAGGAUGGGAGAAUGUCGUCCUCAUCCUCUAUCGAUUCACUUGCUACAAACUCUAGCGAAUCCGAAGCUGGGCUUCUUGGUAAUUUGACAUCUAGCAUUAGCGAUCACCACAACCAUCAUGAACACACUCCCGAGAACAUAUCAACAGAAAAUUUCAGCAACAGCCAGAUAUUAGAGAAUGCAAAGCUCGGUGUUAAGUCCUCAAGAGUUAAUGGCAAAGGCCAUGAUGAGCAUAGAAGAGCCUCGAUUCCAGUCCACUUGGAAAAAGUGAAAAAUGGAGGGAGGGGAAGCUACCUGCUCAAGAUGGAUGAUGAUUUGCGAGAGCUGCUAUCCCAAUCUCGCUCUGCUGCAGGCGCAGAUGGAAAAAAGAGAAGGGCAAAAUUCACAGAUCUAGUCUUCACAAAACGAUUUACCACAUUCGACCGCCAAAACCCCGAGGCUUCGGGAUCUCCCUUUCACGGCUUCUACAUCCUAUUCUGGAUGAGUAUUGGUAUGUUGAUGGUGAAGGAUGCUGCAACCUCUUAUCGGAACGAGGGGAGGAUAUUUGGAAUCGACAUCUUAUCGAUAAUGUUUAUGCCGAAUAAGUUAAUCGAUUGUCUUUUGACUGAUGCUAUUGCAUUUUACGGAACUAGCCUGUGGUGUGUACCGUUGCAGAAAGCAAUCAACAAAGGAUAUAUAAAAUGGGAUAGAGCUGGUUGGAUAGUGCAGAUAUUAUGGCAAGGUUUCUUUAUGUGGGCGAUUAUCCAAUACACCCUCUAUAAGGAAUGGUCAUGGAUCCAAACGGUAUAUAUCGUUUUGCAUGCCCAUGUUAUGCUGAUGAAGCAGCACUCAUAUGCCUUUUACAACGGGCAUCUAUCCGGAGUUUUCAAUCGUCGCAACUUACUACGAGGGAAAUUACAGGAACUUCAUUCUUUGCAUUCUUCUGUGCUCGAUAAAAGUCCUGCACAAAGACACCAUCAUCGAUCCGAAUCUGGAACCUCGAUUGACUCCGGUGUUGGUCUUGGUAACGUUAGUUACGAUGGCAUCAACCAAGUGCUGAAUACUGAAACCGAAGAAAUGGACUCUGAACAACUUGAAGAUUUUGAAAAAACGCUGGCUGGCGAAAUCGAAGGCUGUGAUGUGGAAUUAACCUCUAGAGUCAGCGGAGGAAAACUAGUGCAGUACCCAAAUAAUCUCACAUGGUGGAACUACUUAGAGUAUCUCCAUUUUCCCACUGUUGUAUAUGAACUUGAAUACCCCCGACAAGACUCAAUAAAUUGGCAUUACGUCGCCGAGAAAGUUUUUGCUAUAUUUGGCGUUCUGGGCAUCAUGGUUGUGGUUUCUCAACACUACAUGUGGCCUGUGGUCAUGAAAGCCAACGCCAUGAGUUCUUGGCCGAUCGAGGAAAGACUGAAAGAAAUACCGUGGGUGUUCGCCGAUCUACUCUUUCCGUUCCUUGUGGAGUAUCUGAUGACAUGGUACUUAAUCUGGGAGUUGAUUCUGAAUAUUUUGGGCGAGCUCACCUUAUUUUCUGAUCGCGGUUUCUAUGGUGACUGGUGGAACAGCCCUGGCUGGGACGUGUUUGCUCGAGACUGGAACAAACCUGUCCACAACUUUCUCCGCCGCCAUGUCUACCAUACAAUUUUUAAGAAAGUUAGAGGUUAUUUGAUGUUCAGCAGCAUGUUACAGAUACCAUUGAGCGCUUUUGCGCACACUAAGCUCAUGCGGGAUAGAAAAACACUGGGGAACACAUUAUUCUGGAUUGGGUUAUAUAUUGGGCCAUCACUCAUUUGUACCAUGUAUCUAAUGGUUUAG